AUGUCACUGCUCGACAGAAAGCUUCUGCAGCUCCGGCAGUCUGUCGCGCAACCCGCUCGUACCAUCCCACCAUCCAGCAAGGCCAACACUCCACUGCGUGUUCGCAAGCCUGAGAGCUUUCCUGAUUUCAUCGGCCACCUCAGCUAUCUAACUGCAUUUGGCCUCAGCCCCGUCACAGCCGCCAGACAUUUCAUGAUGGGCGUGUUCCCGAAGAAGAAAUACGUCUCGUCCGCCGAUGCAAACACCUUUGCGGCGCGCUACCGAGCAGCCCUUGCGAAGCGCCCGUUCCUCCUCUUCGGCCUUCCUUUUGUGUCGAUCAUAGUCGCCGGCUCGUUUGUGCUAACGCCAGCAACGGCUAUUCGAUACGAGAAACAUGACAGGAAAGUGCGGCAGAUGACCCGGGAGGAAGAGCUUGGGGUCGGCAGACAAGGGCGCAAGGUCGACAUCAGGGACGAGUACUACCGACUUGCCGCAAAGGACCUCGACGAUUGGGAGCAGAAGCGGGUGAAGCGACUGCCAGGCGAGAACGACGGCGUGCUGUAA